AUGUGUUCAGGAUCAGCGCUGAAUCUUCUUGUUUACCUGUGGCGCUUCCAUCUGGACCUGUGGGUCCUCACUGAGCCCGUUACAACUGGGACCGUCUCUGCAGAGGCUGAUUGGCAUAAAAACCCACUGAGCUGCAACAGCGAGGAACCUGGCAGUCAGGAAAUUGCAGUCGGUCAGAGCGUAGCUUCACGGCAGAUCCUGAUGGUGCAGGACUGUCACAUCAGCUGCAAGUCGCCGGGCGGACUCAUCCUGCUGUUACAGAAGACAGAGAGUAGAGGACAUAAUUACAGCCCUCUUCUUUUCUCUAAGCUGAUUGAGAACAAGAACAAACAAAGCACAGUUUACAUCCUGGAAGAAGAGGUGGAGGUGGUGGAGGAAUACCAGCACCUCGGAGUUCGGCUGGACAAGAGAGUGGACUGGGAAUGCAACACAGGAGCAUCUAGAGAAAGGACAGAGCAGACUCUGCUUCUGGAGGAAGCUGCAGCCAUCACCCUCCACAACAAGAGUACGGGGAGGGGACACGGCCCCCUCCCCAACCCACCGGAGCGGGAUGGUUUUAUGAUCCAGGUACCGGCAACGGGCAGGAUUCGAACUAGACGCUGCACCACUGGCGACUUACGGUUCUCUGCCAACCCCACCACGCCACCGAGGCCCUUCACACUCAGACUUGUUCUCGUGGUGCUUUUAUCUUUUCAUUUUGGCCAUUGGCCGUGAAAAUUGAUGUGGUGAAUUAAGAGAUUUGAUGCAGGUCCUUCUGCCUCCAGAGUACUCUCC